CUUGUCUCUUCCACAGAACAUCCGGUGUGGCUGUUUCUACUUAUACGAUACGGAGCGUUGUCAGUUGGUGCUGCUCUUGUGAAUAAGUCGAUUUACUGCACAAUGCUGAGUGAAUAUAAUCCAUGGACGAAUUAAAAUGGUAACUGACGGUAUUUCGAAUGUCCAUCUCAUUUCUGGAACUGAUAUGGGAGCACUCCCUAUGCUCGACGAACUGCUGGUAGACACCUGAGGCAGGCAGACACGCUCCGACAUCGGCCUCGAAGUAUACUCCGCAUGAAGCAGCAGCCAGGUAUAAAGGAGAACUAAUCACUGAAUCCAAUCACUACAGAAAUAUUUCUAAUCAUCAGUGUCUCUGUCACGAUUUUACUGCUUGUUUAAUCUCUCUGGCUUGUCUUACGAUAUAUCGAGCUCGACACUACAUACAAUCAUAUCCGUUAUGGCAUCGCUUACCCAACAUCAAACUGAGCAAAAGGACCAUUGGUCGGCGGAGGCCUACGAGGCAUCCGCAGCGUUCGUUCCCAAGUUGACCCAGACGCUCUUGAAAUACCUAGAUCCGCAACCAGGCGACAGAGUUCUCGAUGUUGGUUGCGGAGAUGGGAAAUUCACCAAUCUCUUCCUGCCAUACGUCGGCCAGGUAGUUGGCGUGGAUUCCUCGCCGUCUAUGAUCGAAUCCGCGAAUAAAGACUACGGCGGGGAGAAAGCGGACUUCCGCGUUCUGGACUGCUGCUACUUGGAACAGGACAGAGGGGUGGCGGAUGGGAGUUGGGAUAAAGUGGUAUCUAACGCUGCGCUUCAUUGGAUUCUGCGGAAUGACUCGACCCGUAUUUCAACUCUGAAGGGCAUCCACGCAAGCCUGAAGCAGGGUGGUAGGUUUGUCUUUGAAAUGGGCGGACAUGGAAACGUUGCCGAGGUCACCACUGCUCUCAUGUACGCGCUUGUUUGCCGGGGCGUUUCCAUUGAAAAAGUCAGGGAGCUGUAUCCCUGGUUCUUCGCUUCGGAGACUUGGAUGACAAACGCGCUGGAGGGCAUUGGCUUCAAGGUUAUUAAGAUGGAGACUGAAUAUCGUCCAACCCUGCUUACCAGCUCGGCUAAUGGCGGUCUCGCGGGCUGGGUCCGGCUGAUGGGCGCUAAUUUCUUGGAUAUCCUGACUCCAGAGAAGAGAGAAGAGGCCGUUCAGGAAAUCUGCCAGGUCUUGCAGACAGGCGUGACUCGUGCUGAAGAUGGGAGCCAGUGGCUCGGAUAUGUUAGGCUCAGGGGGAUCGCUGAGAAGCUUUAA